UCGUUCCCCCUCUACUCGACCCACUCGUGGUAUGUACUGAUCGUGCACAAGCUUGUGGCCUUGCGUUGCUUUGCGGCCUCCUUGGUGCUCCUAGCUAGUACUAGAUAGAGCCACCACCGGCAGCUGAGAGAUCAAAAACCCCGACUGCUACUGUAAAAGAGAGAAAUUAUUGGUGGUCGUCCCAAUCGCAAUAGUUUGCUUGGAUCUAUGCAUACAUAGUGCUCACUCCACGUAGGGGUGAGUAACUCAUUCACUCAGUCAGUGGGUCAAUCCGGUUGCACGGGUAUCCGCGAGACCCUAUUUUAUUCGGGGCACACUGAUUGCCGCCGUGAGGAUCUAGGCAUCUAGCUUGCUAUAUCUUCACAUGUGCCAUAAGAGAAGAGCUCCCAGUCAGUGCUAAUAUAUAUUCCUGAUCGAGGCGCCCUCGGUCGAUCCGCCUAAUUAGCCACUCAUUCUCUCGCUCCGGCCAUCGUUCUGUCUUGCCUACUCGCAAUUCUUCAGUUGGAUCUCCAUGGGCGAGGAAGUUAAGAAGGUGGAGGAGGAGGCUAAGGUGGAGGACCAGAAGAAGGAAGAAGCACCAACCGCGGCAGAAGCAGAGAAGAAAGAAGAGGCAGACAAGGCGGCAGCUGAGGCCGAAGCUGAGGAGAAGAAGAAAGAGGACGAGGCUGCCAGCAAUGAGCCGCCGCCGCCUCCUACUCCUGUCAUCCUCGGCGUCGAAUUGCAUUGCACCGGUUGCGUCAACAAGAUCAAGAGAUGCAUCCUCAGAUGCAAAGGAGUGGAAGGCGUGGAGGUGGACAUGGCGCAGAACCAGGUGACGGUGAAGGGCAUCGUGGAUCCGCAGGGCAUCUGCGAACGCCUCCGCAAGAGGACCAUGCGCAACGCCACCGUCAUCUCUCCUCCUCCGCCGCCUCCACCAGCAGAUGGAGGCACCGCUGCCAAGGAGGACCAGCCGCCGCCGACUGUCGUUCAUUCACAGGUAAGCGAGGUGACGACGGUGGAGCUCCUCGUGAACAUGCACUGCGAGGCCUGUGCGGAGCAAGUGCAGAAGAAGAUCCUGAAGAUGAGAGGGGUCCAGACCGCCGAUGCUAACUCCAGCGCCGGCAAGCUCACCGUCACUGGAACCAUGUCCGCCGACAAGCUCGUCCAGUACAUCCACCGUCGCACAGGCAAGCUCGCCACCGUCGUGCCCCCUCCUCCGACUCCCGAGACCCCAAAGGAGGAGGAGCCCAAGACGGAGGACGGCGAUAAGAAGCCGGAGGAACCGCCCGCCGAGGCCGACAAGAAGGAGGAUCCGCCCGCGGAAGACGCCGCUGCCAAUAAAGACGCCGAGGGAGACAAGGAAGUGGAGGCCGCCAAGUCGGACGACGGUGUCGAGAAGAAGGAAGGCGAAGGAGGCGGGGACGAGAAGGCGAAGCAAGAGGUGGUGGCCGUGGACGGGUUUCCGCCGGAGAUGAUGAAGCGGAUGAUGUACUGGCCGUACAGCCACAAGCACUACUACAACCCCGCAGCGGAGGAGGAGGCGAUGAUGGCGAGGAGGAUGGUCAUGAUGCACCCCUACGCCAUGCCGGCCAUGAUGCAGUGGAUGACCCCGCCUCCGCCUCCGCCUCAGCCGGCGGUUCCUCCGAUGAUGUACCAGUACUACAACUACGGCAUGGCGGAGAGGCCACCACCGGCGCCGCAGUACUUCAGCGACGAGAAUCCCAACGCGUGUGUCAUCUCGUAGCUCCAUGGAUGGAUCGAUGGAGACAUGUUAUCUGGAAUGUAUACUAGUAUAACUAGCUACUAUAGCUUGAAUGAAGGCAUGCGCCUACUUAUACUAAAAUUUAAAAAUUCAAUCU